AAAUAUGAUACAACUGAGGAGCAAGUGCGACUCGAAGCCAGGCCUUUUAGGUUAGAAGCGGGGGUACCGCAAGCGCACUCCAAGAUCCUAUUACCCUACAUGUAACUAUUUUCCAAAAAUUGGUACAUGCAACGCUCUGGUGGUUUUCGGUGAGACGCAGAAUGCAAUCUGCGAGGAAUGACUGCAUGUUCCAAGUCUGCAUUGCAAUCCUUGCGCCUCUGCAGCAAUGGCCAGGAGAAGGGCCCCCACUCUUCUUGUGCAAUUAAUUCCAACCUAUUUUUAUCUGAAUGAUUUGGGGAAGACGCCAGGCGAGGAUUGCAACAAAAAAAUCCCGGACAGGGGUUCGCUGCCACCCUUUGCAAUUGGUAACAAGAGGAGCCCAGCCUUGCGCUGGUGGGUGACAAGAGGACGAGAAUGAGAGGGCGCGCGGUGCACCCUGGGAGGUGGAGUCCGGGACCGUCCGUCCACAAGGUGGCGCCGCGGGUCGUGGACUACAGAUCCCGACAGGCCGGCCGUGGCAGCGCCUGCGCAGUGGUGGUGCCUCUUGUUCCCUUUAAAUCGCUGGCUGUAUAGCGCAGGCAGAGCGGUGCGAUAGAGCGGAGCCAAUUGAGAGUGUGCGGCUUUGGGUGCAAGGGGAAGAGCGCAGAAACAGCAUUUAACCUGCGAAUGCAAUUCCCCUCCUGCAGCCUGAGGUUUGCUGCUCCAUGUGGAGCUUUUUGCAUAUUAUAGACUAGGCUCCCAGCUCUUUAUCCCACAUUCAGAUCCAGUAAUAGUAGCGGCUGGUCCCAGCUCAUCGCCAUUCAGCAAACAUGGGCAACCGCGGGAUGGAAGAACUGAUCCCCCUGGUCAAUCGGAUGCAGGAUGCUUUCGCUCAGAUCGGACAGAAUGCCAAUCUGGACUUGCCCCAGAUCGGGGUAGUGGGGGGACAGAGCGCCGGCAAGAGCUCUGUGCUGGAAAAUUUCGUCGGAAAAGAUUUCCUUCCUCGCGGAUCUGGGAUUGUGACCCGAAGACCCCUUGUUCUUCAGCUGAUUAACUCUCCAACAGAAUACGCGGAGUUCCUACAUUGCAAAGGGAAGAAGUUCACAGACUUUGAUGAAGUUCGGAAGGAGAUUGAGGAGGAAACGGACCGGGUGACGGGCAGCAACAAGGGGAUCUCAUCGAUUCCAAUCAACCUGAGGGUCUACUCCCCAAACGUUCUUAACCUGACCUUGAUUGACCUCCCGGGAAUGACUAAGGUUGCAGUCGGUGACCAGCCCCCGGAUAUUGAGUUCCAGAUCCGAGACAUGCUGCUGCAGUUUGUCACCAAGGAGAACUGUCUGAUCUUAGCCGUGUCCCCUGCCAACUCAGACCUGGCCAACUCAGACGCCCUGAAGAUCGCCAAAGAGGUUGAUCCCCAAGGCCUGCGUACAAUUGGGGUCAUCACUAAACUGGAUCUGAUGGAUGAAGGGACGGAUGCCCGUGACAUCUUGGAAAACAAACUGUUACCCCUCAGACGAGGCUACAUUGGUGUGGUGAACAGAAGUCAGAAGGACAUUGAUGGCAGAAAGGACAUUCAAGCAGCCUUGGCAGCUGAGAGGAAAUUCUUUCUUUCGCACCCUGCCUAUCGCCACAUGGCAGACCGGAUGGGGACCCCUUAUCUCCAGAAGGUGCUGAACCAGCAAUUGACAAACCAUAUCAGGGACACAUUGCCCGCUCUCCGUAACAAGCUACAAAGCCAGCUGCUCUCCAUUGAGAAAGAGGUGGAAGAAUACAAGAACUUCAGACCUGAUGACCCAUCCAGGAAAACCAAAGCCUUGCUGCAGAUGGUUCAACAAUUUUCUGUUGAUUUUGAGAAACGAAUCGAAGGCUCGGGGGAUCAGAUCGACACCUAUGAGUUGUCAGGAGGGGCCAGAAUAAACCGCAUUUUCCACGAGAGGUUCCCCUUUGAACUGGUCAAGAUGGAGUUCGAUGAGAAGGAACUGCGACGAGAGAUUAGCUACGCCAUCAAGAAUAUUCAUGGAAUCAGAACGGGUCUUUUCACUCCUGAUAUGGCAUUUGAAACGAUUGUGAAAAAGCAGAUCUUGAAGAUCAGAGAGCCGUGCCUCAAAUGUGUGGACAUGGUUAUCAAUGAGUUAAUCAGUACGGUUAGGCAGUGUACCAAGAAGUUGGGCCAGUAUCCCCACCUACGGGAGGAAAUGGACCGAAUCGUAACCACUCACAUCCGAGAUCGGGAGGGCAGAACGAAACAGCAGGUCAUGCUGUUGAUAGACAUUGAGUUGUCUUACAUGAACACAAACCAUGAGGAUUUCAUUGGGUUUGCCAAUGCCCAACCGAGGAGCAGUCAAUUGAGUAAGAAGAAGGCUGCAGGCAAUCAGGAUGAAAUCAUGGUGAUCAGGAAGGGCUGGCUGACCAUCAACAACAUCGGCAUCAUGAAAGGAGGAUCCAAGGAAUACUGGUUUGUGUUGACAGCAGAGAACCUGUCCUGGUACAAGGAUGAUGAGGAGAAAGAGAAGAAAUACAUGCUACCGCUUGACAACCUGAAGUUACGUGACAUAGAGAAGGGAUUCAUGUCAAGUAAACACAUCUUCGCUCUCUUCAACACAGAGCAGAGGAAUGUUUACAAGGAUUACAGACAGCUGGAGCUGGCUUGUGAGACCCAGGAGGAGGUGGAUAGUUGGAAAGCUUCAUUCUUACGGGCUGGUGUUUAUCCAGAGAGAGUCGGGCAAAGUGAGAAUGAAGAGAAUGGAGCUGGGGACAACUUCAUGCACUCAAUGGACCCUCAGCUGGAGAGGCAGGUGGAAACCAUCCGAAACCUGGUGGACUCCUACAUGGGAAUUGUGAACAAGACCAUCCGGGACCUCAUGCCCAAGACUAUCAUGCAUCUCAUGAUCAUUAAUACGAAAGACUUCAUCCAGUCCGAGCUGCUGGCCCAACUGUACUCGUGCGCAGACCAGAACAUUCUGAUGGAGGAGUCUCCGGAGCAAGCCCAGCGCCGUGACGAAAUGCUGAGGAUGUACCACGCCCUGAAAGAGGCCUUAAAUAUCAUUGGUGACAUCAACACCACAACCACCAGCACCCCUCUACCGCCUCCUGUGGAUGACUCCUGGCUGGGUGUCAGGGAUAUCCCAUCUGGGCGAAGAUCUCCAACCUCAAGUCCUACACCCCAGAGGAGAGCUCCAGCAGUUCCUCCAGUCAGACCUCUGUCCCGUGGCCCUGCACCAGGACCUCCCCCGCCCGCCGGCCCCCCUCCUCAAGGACCCCCGGGUAGCGCCCCACCAAUUCCCUCUCGCCCCGGUGCCUCUCCAGAUCCUUUUGGGGCUCCACCUCAAGUUCCCUCCAGGCCCAACCGGGCUCCUCCUGGUGUUCCCAGAAUAACAAUAAGUGACCCUUGAGGACAUUAACUCUCGACUGGCAAACUAAGUGGUAGUCCCUUGAGAACCGGGAGCCCAGUGUCCCGCUUUGAAAUCCCAGUCUGUUUUCGCUUGCUGUGCAUCGAGUCUCCUCAGCAUCCUGUCCAUUCUGAAAGGAAGUCAUAUAAAUAUAUAAAUAUAUAUAUCUUGUGCUCUAAUGUCUGCAUAAUCUGCUCUUGCACAUAUCCAGGAACUGUCGCUCCUGCUGGAUAACUUCUAUUUUUCAGCGCUCUGUAAUAACCAUUCAGUAAUAGUGUGACAAGUAAAUUUUCUUCCGUGUGUUAAAGUGUGUUUCAGGGAGAAACAUUAUUGAACCUGUCAUGUUCCUGUGUAGUGUUUUAGUUUAAAUCAAACCGUGAUGGUAUAUAUUAAUACAAUAAAUAUCUGGUAUACAGGCCUUUGAUUUGAAAUCUAUGUAUAUGAUAUUCAUGGUGAAAUAAAUUAAAUCUGUGUAUUUAUGCUUUGAAAGUGACCUGUGGCAAAUACGAAAAAAGAGUCAUAUCUGUGUAAUCAAAGCCUCCUCUAUUUAAAUAAAGCUGUGUCUUUGUGGA